AUGCCGUCCGAUAUUGAGAUUGAGGCUGUGGAAGCCAGAUCUGACCCGUCCUCAGCGACAACUUGUCCCACACCAAACCGUACCCCCAGAUCUCCCAGCUAUUUGAUCAUCCAUCACUCAAAUAUUGCUUCUGCUGAUUCAGGAAUUGGAAAAGAUACGGCUGCUGAUGGGAUGGCGGACCAAAGAAGAUCUUCUUCAGGCCAAGAGACAACGGCGACUCGGUUUUUGGAGUCCCUAGAUAAGAAGAUCCACAGCAGCACAAAUAAUUUUGAGGUCCUGAAGAACUACGGGCGUACCUGGGUAUCACUCAUUCAUAGGAUUCCAGUUGAGAUUCGUCAAGUAAAUGAAGGUGCCUAUACCCACAGCAUUGUGUCCAUUGGACCUCUUCACAGAGAGGCACAACAUCUCCAAGUAAUGGAGGACGACAAAUUGAGCUACAUGCACUGCCUAUUCUUUAGAUUCAAAAAUUAUAAGCAAACGCAACAACUUUGUGUGAAUUCCAUGGUAGAGAUGGAAUCCUUUGCUUGCGCGAUGUAUGCUCAAAAUGAGGUAGCAGUGAAAGGAAAGUUUGCAGAAAUGAUGCUUAUUGAUGGUUGUUUCAUAAUCGAACUUCUAUACAGGAAUUACAACCGGAGGAGUACGGAUGUCUACAUUACUGACCCCAUCCUCAAUAAUAUUGACCCCAUUCUGAACAACUAUUCCAUGAGGUCCGCGGUCCAACAUGACUUGAUACGACUGGAGAACCAGAUUCCCUUCAAUGUUCUUCACGAUUUGUUCAACCUGACAGUGGCAACUAUCUCGACAGACGAUAGACGACAGCCAACUCUCUCUUGA